GGCCCCCCUGGUUGCGCCCCCCUGCAGCGGCAGACGGUCUUCGGGAUCCCGCAGCCAGAAGGUGGGCAGCCACUUUGGGUUCUCCGAGGAAGAGGCGGCGGCCAAGGGCUUCCCUUCCGCGCUGAGAAAGAGGCGCGCUCCACCCUCUUUCUUUGCUCACCAGGCGGUUCCGUUUCUGCCUUUCUGGGUCCUGCGGUUAAGCAAAUGCGGAUGUGCUCCUUUUGGCAGCGGGGGGAGAGAGGAGAUGCUGGUGGCCGAUACGCUUUUAGAGGUUGAGCCAAACUUGGAAGGAAGCGGCGUGUUUUCAUUUUGCCGUCCCCCCCCCCCCCCCGCCAGCAAGCCAGCCAGUCUUCUGGGAGCGCCGGGAAGACCCUUCCCACGUUCUCGCCUUCCCAGGUCCGGCGCUGAUUCUCUGCUCGACGGGAGGAAACCUCGGGAGUCUCCGCCCCCGCCAAGCGCCCGCGGAGGAGCCGCUUCCCCGAGGGCGUCGCCCGCCUCCUCCUUCCUCCUUUCGGACGCUGCCGCCUCUCCGGCUCUGCCGCCGGGCGCGACUUUCCUCUGGGCAGGGGCGCCAUGACGACCCCCGAAGACCCCUGGGCGAAGGAGCCCCUGGAGGAAGGAGGCGAGAAGCUGAAGGCGAAAGAGGCCGGCAAGUCCACCGAGAAGAAGGGGGGGAGGAAGGAAGGGGAGAAGGAGGUGGAUCCCCUCCUCAAGUUGCAGAGACGGCAGAGGUCCCGAAGCCUUUACGGUGCUGGGCACCCGAGUAGCAGCGGCGGCGACUUUUCCCUCUGGUGCCUCCCCAGGAGCAGUCUUCAUAUCUCUUGCGCCUUGCGAUGGGCCCUGCAGGAUUUGAAUGAGGACGAGCGGCGGAGUUUCCUGGGCAAACUGCGCGAGAUCCCGCUCGAGGAGGGCUUCGUCCGCAUCCCCGGGGAGGUUCUGCACAAGGCAGGCGCCUCUCGCCUCGGAGACCCGCUGCUCAGCUACUACGGCGGAACUUACGCAGUCGAGGUGGCGGCCAAAGCACUGAGGACCGUUGGUCGCAAAGACAAGGCGGGCAGGCUCCUCUCCGUCAGGGAUGGUUACAGUACCAAGUCCCUUGUUAUGCAGAGGAAUGUAAGAAAGAAAAAAGUGUGGUCACUGGAAGGAGUCGCUAUCACUGGUGAUGAAAUAGUCUGCAAGGGAAGAAAAGAAUUACUUGAAAUUAUUGAAAAGGACCUAGAAUUCUUUUUACGGGAAUUAUGCUAUGGCUUUAUUAUCACACAGAAAGAAUACCGAGACUUUCAGAAAGCAGAGGAAGACUCCAAAGAGAAAAGUCAAAAACUGCUGAAUAUGAUCCAGGAAAGGGGGGAGGCAACUUGUUGCUGGUUCCUGGAACAAGUAGAAAGGAAACAUCCAGGCUCCAUUCAGAUUCUGCUAGUUGCAGUCCAUGGCUCAGGUAAAAAAUUGGUCCAGGCAACAGGCUCCUCAGUGACGCAGUCAGAAUCCCCAUUAUUUGCAAAGGAAGGAAGAAAAACCAAGAUGGAAAACCCAGCGUGUUCUGGCAUAAGAGUCGUGUGUAACCUGUGUCCCAGUGAGGGUCUUCCAGAAACAGUCGGACCAGAGGUGCUUUCGGACUCAGACCGGAGUCAUGAAAGAUACAGGCUGUGCUUCACGAAGGCCGGAUCCUUCCUUUGCUUUUAUACUGAUGUCAUAUUUGAGGUGAGAGGAGCUGUGACCAUCACCUACCACUUUGAUUCAUGGUCUAAGCACCUGGCCGAACAGAACACGGAGGACUGGGUUGUCGCUGGGCCUUUGAUCAACAUUGAAGCAGAUCCAGCAGAGGCUGUGGCAGCUGUUCACUUCCCUCACUUCUUGUGUCUUGCAGGUAAAGAUGUUUCCCAAGUCUACAUUGCACAUUUUGUGGAAGGGGGGAUGAGUCUAGAGAAGCCAGACAGAGUGGGGCCGUAUCGUGUUAUUUUGGAAAACCCAAACUUCUCUCCGCGUGGAGCCAUUUUGAAAACAUCAUGGUCAUGGUUUAAGCGGAAGAUACUGGUCCACACUGUGGCACUGCUCUAUCAAAUGGUUCAGUUCCAGCCACCAACAUUCCAUCUGUACCUCCUACCCAAUGACUCUUCUCUAAGAAAGGUGGUUCAUGAGCAUGAAGUACAGUGUCGUUCACAGAGAAUAGACAAACCCCCUUGGACCCUGAAACCUUUGACAGUUGGCUGUCGCUUCUUUGUGGAGACAAAUGAUGUCAGAAUCUGUCCCAAGGAAGUGGAGUUUCAAUAUCUGGAUGCUGACAAGCUGCAGCAGUACGUGGAACUGUCUGCUGAGCAAAUGCAAGAUACCUUCAACUUUAGUGUGAUGGAGAAAUGCACAAAUGAACUCAUCUGGGAGGCCCUUGUGACACAAAAGGACUUAAAGUCCCCUGAGAUGUGUUCUCCUCUUCUACAUGCAGCACAAGGUGCUUCUUGCUGCACAUCAGCUGAUGCAGCAUCCAGCAGCACUGACUCAGGACAUGGUGUGGAAAGCAGAGUGAUGAAGAAGACCACCAGAGACCACCUGGUGUCCUCCCUGGAGAACCUGAGGGAGGAUGAUCUCAACAGGUUCAAGUUCAAGCUCCACGAGAUCCCUGUCAGUGAGGGCCAUGACAACAUUCCCCUGGGGCGGCUGAAGAAGGCAGAUGUCAUGGACCUGAGCCAACUCCUCCUGAGUUUCUACACGGAGGAUUAUGCUGUGCAGGUGACGGCUGAUGUCCUCAGAGCUAUCAACUGCAGGGAUGAGGCACAGAGGCUCCUCAGCCUCACCAGGAGGAGGCCUCUGUUUCCAAACUCUUCCAAAGUGCACUUCAUCGAGCGGCACAGGGAGGCGCUAAUCCAACGGACCACCCCAGUGGAACCGGUGCUGGAUAGAUUGUAUGGCUCCGUCCUCAGUGAGGAGCAAUACCAAAGAAUCAUUGCCCAGAAAACUAACCCAGACAAGAUGCGAGAGCUCUACAGGCUUGUGCCAAGCUGGGACCUCCGGUGCAAGGAUAUGCUGUAUGAGGCACUGAAGGCCAAAAACCCAUACCUCGUGAAUGACCUGGAAGAGCUUUGAGGCCCCAAGGGAAGGCAGAAGGCAAGACCCCUUUCAAGGCAUUUUAUUUAUAAAAUAAAGUGCAUAUUAAAACACUUUUCAGCUUUAGCUCUCUGAGCAGGCCUGUAUCAACAAAUAAGUUGUUUCACAUUCUGAGGAUAUUUUCCCAGAGGCCAGAGGGAUCCUGGUAGUGGAUGCUUCAAUGACUGGCAACAUGGACAGCUGGGUGUGAGCUGAGCACACAGACUGCUGGGUGAAUUGCUUUCCUGGCUUCCUCACAUUCUGAGUGUGCUCCACAGAGGCUCACUGCUUCCUUUGUGACGAUACUGAUCUCCUAUGCGAGAUGAGAGGAUCUGUGAUCAUAACGUACCACUUUGAUUCAUGGUCUAAGCACCUACACCAGGCAUAGGCAAAUUCGGCCCGCCAGAUGUUUUGGCACUACAACUCUCAUCAUCCCUAGCCAACAGGACCAGCAGUCAGAGAUGGUGGGAAUUGUAGCCCCAAAACAUCUGGAGGGCCAAGUUUGCCUAUGCCUGCUCUACACGAAUGGAAGACAAUUCCUUGUUGCUGGUCCAAGCAGUUCCAUACACUUUCCUCACUUCCUGUGUCUCACCUCGCCCAGUGGUUUUCAACCUUUUUGAGUCCACAGCUUCCUUGUCCAGCCACUCAUCCUUUCUGCAGCUCCCCUAUGGGAGCCACUGACGCUGGGGUUCUGUUACAAGGCACGUGUACUGGGGAAUCUCUCCAUUCCAUCCCACCCCUUUUCAGCGCUAUUUUUGGCACACAUGUAAGUGGGGAGGCAUGUGUCGGUGGGAAGCCAAGCAAUGCACUGCAGGACCAAAUUGAUGGACUCCACAUGGCAGCCCAGCUUCCCUUUGGUUGGGUGGGGGGCAUGAAGAGGGCAAAACAAGAUUAGGAUCAGAAGGAAAAGCAAGAAACACAUAGCACUGGACAAACAUGCAGACACGAUCCUUUCCUGCAACAUUCUCCCUGUCCCCAUAAAGCUGGCUGACUGUUAAGGAGGAGGGGGUUGCCUGGGGGGAGAGUUAGAGAAGAAGGGGGGGUGAUGUUGAGGGUAGAAGGAGUGAGAAACACAAAAGACACUGCUCACUUUCAGGGUUACAGUGGUACCUCGGGUUACAUACGCUUCAGGUUACAGACUCCACUAACCCAGAAAUAUUACUUCGGGUUAAGAACUUUGCUUCAGGGUGAGAACAGAAAUCAUGCAGUGGCGUAUCAGCAGCAGCAGGAGGCCCCAUUAACUAAAGUGGUGCUUCAGGUUAAGAACAGUUUCAGGAUAAGAACAGACCUCCAGGAUGAAUUAAGUUCUUAACCUGAGGUACCACUGUAUUUUUAAAACCCUCUUUAUAGGGUGGACACCCACCCACCCACCACCAUCAUCAAGCUACUUUGCUAGCUUAUUGUAUUUCUCAAGCCCUCUGUGUAAAACUAAGGAACUGUUAGUUACUGAAGCUGUGGAGGGUUUUUGUUUGGAGGAGGGAGAUUUUCAGAAUAUAAACUGUCAUGCAAAAGUGUUUCCCUCUUUUUUU